UUCCGCGUUGAGAUUAACUGUCAACCAGUAUACGUAGUGUUGAAUCGUUUCUUUGUGCUACAUUCUUUUACAUUAUUCAUUCAAAAAGAUUUGCCAACAUGGCUGAUGCAAGCGGUGAAAAAUUAUCCAAAAACGAGUUGAAACGCCGUUUGAAGGCCGAACAAAAGGCCAAGGAGAAGGCCGAGAAAGGGCAGAGUGCUCUUCAGAAUGGGAUAGCACCUGGCAAAAAAUCAACCGAAGGUGAGAUCAAUGAAGCAGAAAUUUCACCAAAUGAAUUUUUCAAGCUGCGCUCAUCGGCCGUCGAAGAAUUGAAAAAACAUCCCGACACUCAUCCGUAUCCACAUAAAUUCAAUGUUACCAUUUCGUUGGAGAAUUUCAUUGAAAAAUACAAUGAAUCAGUGAGUGAUGGUGAAACACUACCUAUUACUGUGAGUGUCGCUGGUCGCAUACACUCAAUUCGUAAUUCGGGUGCCAAAUUGAUUUUCUACGAUUUGCGCGGUGAAGGUGUUAAAAUUCAAGUUAUGGCCAAUGCUCGUGCUUAUGUUAGUGAAGACGAAUUCGCUACGGAUACUGGGAAAAUUCGACGUGGUGAUAUUAUUGGAAUCGAAGGCUCACCGGGAAAAACGAAGAAAGGUGAACUAUCAAUUAUUCCAAAAAAGAUCACAUUGUUGUCGCCAUGCUUGCAUAUGUUACCCACACUGCAUUUUGGUUUGAAGGACAAAGAGACUCGAUUCAGACAACGGUAUUUGGAUCUGAUUCUCAACAGCAAAGUUCGUCAAACUUUCCAAAUUCGUGCAAAGAUCAUUUCGUAUGUGCGUCAAUUCUUCGAUCAAAUGGGAUUUUUGGAAGUUGAAACACCUAUGAUGAAUGUGAUUGCUGGCGGAGCCACAGCUAAACCAUUUAUCACACAUCACAAUGACCUUAACAUGCAACUGUAUAUGCGUAUUGCACCUGAAUUAUAUCUCAAAAUGUUGGUUGUAGGCGGUAUGGACCGUGUUUACGAAAUUGGUCGACAGUUCCGAAACGAGGGUAUUGAUAUGACACACAAUCCCGAAUUUACGACGUGCGAAUUUUAUAUGGCCUAUGCCGAUUACAAUGACGUCAUCGAAAUCACCGAAAAAUUGAUUUCGGGAAUGGUGAAGAGUAUUCAUGGAACAUAUAAAGUAAAAUACCAUCCAGAUGGUAUCGAUGUCGAAAAUGCACCUGAGUAUGAAAUUGAUUUUACGCCGCCAUUCAGACGUAUCAAAAUGAUUCCGGCCUUAGAAGAAAUACUCAAGGUGAAAUUCCCGAAUCCACAAGAAUUCAACACUGACGCAAGCAAUAAAUUUAUUAGUGACUUGUGCGUUAAACACAAUAUUGAAUGUCCACCACCACGAACAACGGCUCGUUUGCUUGACAAGUUGGUUGGUGAAUUCCUUGAAGAACAAUGCAUCAAUCCAACAUUUAUCUGCGAUCAUCCGCAAAUUAUGAGCCCAUUGGCCAAAUAUCAUAGAAGUGUUCCCGGAUUAACCGAACGAUUCGAAUUGUUUGUGAUGAAGAAGGAAGUUUGUAAUGCAUAUACUGAAUUGAAUGACCCGGCCGUUCAACGUGAACGAUUUGAACAACAAGCUGCUGACAAAAAUGCUGGAGACGAUGAAGCUCAACUAGUCGAUGAAAACUUUUGCACAUCACUUGAAUAUGGUUUGCCACCGACCGGCGGAUGGGGAAUGGGAAUUGACCGUUUGACCAUGUUCUUAACUGAUUCGAAUAAUAUCAAGGAAGUUCUACUGUUCCCAGCAAUGAAACCGGAUGACAAUGUGACACCACAUCCCAGUGCCGAUGGAAAACCGUCGGAAAAAUAGAUCUUCAUAAGUUUAUUUCUGCAGAUAUAACAAACGUUUGACUAUUUAUUUACAAAAUCUGAAAUAUCCAUUAAUCGUUUUGAUCAAAAUCGAUUAGCCCCAUAAUAAAUCAAACAAAACACAGAAUGUAUAUCCCCCAUUGUCUCUAUCACUUUUAGCUUGAAUAAAAUUAAAAUAAAAUGCAAUUUAA